AUGGUUGGAUCAGCGCUCCAGUUCAACUACGUCUCGUGCGACGCCGCUGAGUACAACGACACCGACUGUCAAACGGACACCACCUGCUUGAGCGGUAUAACUACGUUUUCACUCGCGGUGCCUGAUGAACCAGAGGCGGCUGUUAUACACCAAAGGGUAUCAGGAUGCUGGGACGGGGAAGUAACAAACAGCCAGGAAUUCCCUGUAGGAUGCUGGGAUAUUGACAACAAUUUCGGGCCCUUUCAAUCGACUAUCGAGAUGUUCGCAGGAAUGGGCCUCUUGGCUACCUUCGGGGGGCACGUUUGCGCGUGCACCGGCGAUUUUUGUAACGAUCCAGUAUCAACGACGCCCGCUUUAACUGCGACCACUACCACGCCUACUUCCACGCCCUCUACCACGCCUACGACCACUCCUACUGCAACUUCUGAGUCCAGUACUACAACAAUGCAGACCACUAAAACCUCGACCAGGCUCACCACUCCAACGCCCACAUCCACGCCAUCUACCACGCCCUCUACCACGCCCACCACCACGACCACGACCACUCCUACUACAACUUCUAAGCCCAGUACUUCGACCAGGCUUACCACUACAACCCUCACUGCAACUCCUACUGCCACGCCCAAUGCUACCACGACCACGCCCUCUUCUGCCACUCAGCCUGGUAAUAAUUCCGUAGCUACUGGUAACGGUGAUCGAGGGACAUCCACGGGGUUUGAUCCAACACUGUCUACAGCCGUUCCACGUGCUGUUGUUGACGCUGGCGGGAAUAACGCGCCCUCUUAUCUUGUGUCCGUUUGGUUUACUCUUUUUGUUGCCAUCGGCAGCUUGUUGGGGCAGGCUCUUUUGGUGGUUUGA